GUACGAAUAUCCCUGGUGGUAUAAAUAGGGUGAAGGCAGAAUCACCGUCAUCGACGCUCCUUGUUUUGGGUUGACGGACUAAUAAAAGUUGAACAUCUGAGCGGACUCUCCUGAGUUACAAUGGCACGUACCAAGCAAACUGCGCGUAAGUCCACCGGUGGAAAAGCCCCGAGGAAGCAACUGGCUACUAAAGCCGCCCGGAAGAGCGCGCCCUCCACCGGCGGAGUAAAGAAACCUCACAGAUAUCGUCCUGGUACUGUGGCGCUUCGUGAGAUCCGUCGGUAUCAGAAAUCCACAGAGUUACUUAUUCGCAAAUUGCCCUUUCAACGCCUGGUGAGGGAAAUUGCCCAGGACUUCAAAACGGACCUGCGCUUCCAGAGUGCUGCCAUUGGUGCACUGCAGGAAGCUAGUGAGGCCUACCUGGUGGGCCUCUUUGAGGACACCAACCUGUGCGCCAUCCACGCGAAGCGCGUCACCAUCAUGCCCAAGGACAUCCAGUUGGCUCGGCGAAUUCGUGGGGAGCGUGCUUAGAUGGCUCAGCUCAUCCUAUUUAAUCCACCUUUUUUGGGGGCGGGGGCGGGGGGGGCGGCUUGGGGAUGGGUUCUUAUAUUCAACUACAAAUGCUUGUUGUAGUUUUAAGAUUACUUUUUUGUAUAUUUUUUGUAGUUGCGGUAGGGGAGGGGAAUCUUGUGGUUCUUCAGCAUGUCAGUAGGGGGUGGUGUCUGAACAUUCCAGGAGCUCCUCUCAGGGUUUUAAAGUUUGUAUUUUAGACUUUGGUAUACCUCUGCCCAUGCACUCUAGCCUGCAUGCUACAUGGUCAUUAGGUCAUGACUUAUUUGUAUCAUUCUCUUUCUCCUCCAUUGUGGCCAUUUGGUUGUAAAUAAACUUUCCACUACCUCACA